GGAUAAUUAAGCUAGUAGUAAAACCUGGAAUGGGUGAAUGUGCUGUGCAAUAGGAGUCUUAGUACAAAGACACUAUGUUGUAGAAUACGGUUUAUUUUAAGUGUACCGCCUCCAAUAUUUCCCUUCAGUCUUGGCGGCUUGUUUUCAAGAUGGCUGCGCCCGGUGAUAGAGAUCCUUCCCCGGUAGCUUCGGAAUCGCCCUUUGCAGGUUUCCCGUUAGCGAUCCCGGGCGCCGCUACCCGGGAACCGGCAGAUAAACAGGCUGAAAAAACCGGCGAGCAGAAAAAGAAGCCGUGUCGGGCGUGCAUGGAUUUCAAAUCCUGGAUCAAACAGCAGAGGAAACAGUCAUCCACACAGGAGAGGCCCGUGGAAUGCCCGUUAGACCGGGAAGAGCUGGGCAGGAGCACCUGGUCUUUCCUGCACACGAUGGCAGCGUAUUACCCCGACACGCCCACUGGCGCGCAGCAGCAGGACAUGAAGCAGUUUGUCAACUUGUUUUCAAAGUUCUUUCCUUGCGACGAGUGUGCUGAAGACUUGCGAGCGAGGUUAAAAUCAAAUCAACCAGAUACCACCAGCCGAAACAGUUUCGCCCAGUGGAUGUGCCAUCUUCACAAUGAUAUCAACGUGCGCAUCAGCAAACCAGAGUUCGAUUGUGCCAAGGUGGAUGAGCGAUGGAGGGACGGCUGGAAGGAUGGGUCUUGCGAUUAACACGGAGGGAAUUGACAGACCUUUAUUUAAGACACUAAAAUGACAAAGGUGUGCAAUUUUUGAAAUAGAAGCCUUAGACAGUAUUUGUCUGAUCCAACUUUCCGGGAGUUUUGUGAUGUGAUUUAUUUUCAUAGUAAUAUCUGGAAUUGUUGUCACUUGUGAAACGUGAGGCAAGUCUAACAGUCAGCUUUUGAAUUGGAUCACAUAUUUUGUUGUAAAAUAUGACCAUUUAAAAAAAUAAAACAAAAUAA